UUUUUAUCUUCAACUCCUGCUGCUCCAGAAUUCUGGUUUCCGCCGUCUUUAAGGCCUUGGAACCUUGCUCUUAGGGGCCGGUUCCACCAGCACAGUAUCCAUUCUGUCUCAGCUGCUAAUACUUUACUUAAAAAUCGUCAGGUUCCUCUUAAAAAUGAUUCGGCCAGUUGGUUUCAUAUUGAUUUGAGCACUAUGACAACUACUGGGAUGCCUGGGAGUGUAUGUGGCAUUAGUGCUACUUCUUUUGGCACGUCAGCAGAUGUUUGUGCCGGCUUUGGCAGGGGACAACAUUUCUCUUGA